AUGUCUUCUUCAAACUUCUUAUUUUUCUCGUUGGCUCUACUAAUCAUCACACCAUCCCCCAUACAAAAUUUUGGUUCUGCUACAUUGGAGGAAGCCAAUGGUCUUCUUAAAUGGAAAGCAAGUCUUGAAAUCCCAAACAACUCCUUGCUCUCUUCAUGGCUUCCCCUCCCUAUAAAUUCCAAUGCAUCAAUUCCAUGCACUUCAUGGUUUGGAGUAGUUUGCAAUGCUGAUGAGAGCAUUCAGUGGUUGAACCUCAAUUCGUCUGGCUUAAAAGGUACACUUCACCAAUUUCCAUUCUCUUUGCUACACGAUCUUACACAUUUUGAUCUCUAUAAGAACAACUUCUUUGGCCCCAUCCCACCAGAAAUCCGACUCCUCUCCAAACUUGUAUAUCUUGAUUUUCAAGUGAAUUGGUUUUCUGGAGUAAUCCCACCUGAAAUUGGGAUGCUAGCAAGUCUUGAGAUCCUUUCGCUGACUUUUAAUAACCUGACUGGUUCAAUACCACAAGAGAUCGGUCGAUUAACAUCUCUCUAUCAGGUAGCAUUGGCCUAUAAUCUUCUUCAAGGAGAAUUACCUCCAACAUUGGGAAAUUUGACAAACUUGGCUUAUCUAUAUCUCCAUAAUAAUAAUUUAUGUGGUCCUAUACCCCCUAAUCUUGGGAAUUUGAAGUCUCUCACUGAUCUUGUGAUGACGAACAAUCACUUAAGUGGUUCUAUUCCUUCAUCACUUGCGAAUCUGAGCAACCUACAGAAUAUGUACCUCAAUGAGAAUAAAUUCUCAGGUCAAAUUCCUACUAACAUUGGGGACUUGAAGUCUCUCGUUGAUCUUCAGAUGAGCCAAAAUCAACUUGGUGGUUUUAUUCCUUCAUCACUAGCUAAUCUGAGCAACCUACAGAAUAUGUACCUCAAUGAGAAUAAAUUCUCAGGUCACAUUCCUAGUGAUUUCGGGAAUUUGAAGUCUCUCCUUGGUAUUGAGGCGACUCAUAAUCAACUUAGUGGUUUUAUUCCUUCAUCACUAGCAAACCUGAGCAAUCUACAUUAUGUUUACCUUGGUGAUAACAUAUUAUCUGGUUCGAUUCCACAAGGAUUGGGAAGUCUAGAAUUGUUUCACCUACAAAUGUUCGAUAAUCAAUUAUCUGGCCAUUUUCCCCAAGAUUUGUGCCAUGGAGGAAAGCUUCAAAUUUUCACAGUAGAUGGUAAUCAACUCACUGGGCCUAUUUCAAGAGGCUUACGGAAUUGUUCUAGCUUAAUUAGGGCUCGUUUUGAUCGAAAUCAUUUCAUUGGAGAUAUAUCCAAUAGCUUUGGCAUCUAUCCACGCUUAGAGUACCUUGAUAUCAGUCACAAUAAUUUUCACGGGCAGCUUUCUCAAAACUGGAGUAAAUGCAAGAAUUUGACAGCCUUAGUGAUGGCCUAUAACAACAUCAGUGGUAGCAUACCACCAGCGUUUGGAAAUUCAACUCGACUACAAAGACUUGAUCUUUCUUCCAAUCAUUUGGUAGGUGAAAUCCCAAAGGAGUUUGGGAAGAUGAAAAGUAUGUUGAAUUUGUCUUUGGCUAAUAACCAUCUUUCAGGUAUUAUACCUACAGAGUUUGGAUAUUGUGAACUCCUUGAAGUACUCGAUCUAUCUACAAAUAGAUUGAAUGGGUCAAUACCAAGAAGUAUUAGUCAAUGGAAGCAUAUCCACUACUUGAAUCUUAGUAACAACAAGCUUAGUGAGAACAUUCCAUCCGAAAUUGGUAAAUUAGUUCAACUUACAGAAGUUGAUUUAUCUCAGAAUUUGCUCACUGAAGAGAUACCAUCUGAAGUUCAAAGUUUGAAAAAUCUACAAAAGUUGAAUCUUUCUCACAAUACACUGUCUGGUUCCAUUCCUAACGCUUUUACAAGUUUGCCCAGUGGGAUUGACAUCGACCUGUCCGACAAUGAGCUCACAGGUCCAGUUCCUCUUUGCUCUAACUUUCUGAACGCAUCUUUACAAGGCAAUCCAGGUUUGUGCGGAAAUUUUACAGGACUAAAAUCAUGUGCACGUCAAAUCCUGAAGAAGAAAAAUGAUCUCUUUCAUCAUCGGAUCAUUCUUGUAAUUGUGCUCCCUCUUAUCGGGGCAAUUUCACUUGGUUUUUUUAUAUGUGGCCUAAUCGCUUAUCGAAAACAAAAGAGACAUUCUCCACAGAAACCAUUUGGCAAAGAAGGUGGUGAUUAUUUCUCCAUAACAAGUUUCGAUGGAGGAGUAGCAUAUGAUGACAUCUUGAAAGCAACGGAAAAUUUUGAUGAAGCAUAUGCUAUUGGGACCGGAGGAUAUGGGACUGUGUAUAAAGCCCAGCUACAGCCUAACAAUGUGGUAGCUGUCAAGAAACUUCACUCAUCAUCUGAGAAUGUUGAUCAAAAUGGAUUCCUUAAUGAGGUAGGAACAUUAACGAACAUAAGGCAUCGAAACAUAGUGAAACUCUAUGGAUAUUGCUCACAUGCCCGCCACUCGUUUUUGAUUUAUGAAUACCUUGAAAAGGGAAGCCUUGGAUCAAUCUUAAGAAGCGAUGUCUUAGCAAAAGAAUUGGAUUGGUUGAAAAGGGUCAAUAUUGUAAAGGCUGUAGCUAAUGGUUUGGCUUAUAUGCAUCACGAUUGCUCACCUCCUAUAAUUCAUAGAGACAUUUCCAUUGCCAACAUCCUUCUUGAUUCUGAUUAUGAGGCACACAUUUCUGAUUUUGGCACAUCCAAGCUUUUGAAGCUAGACUCAUCCAACUGGACCACAAUCGAAGGAACACAUGGCUAUAUCGCACCAGAGCUUGCUUAUACGAUGGUGGUGACGGAGAAAUGCGAUGUGUAUAGCUUUGGGAUCGUGGCACUAGAAGUGAUCAUGGGAAAGCAUCCUGGUGAACUACCAACAUUGUCUGCUGAUUAUCUGGUGUUAGGAAAUGUUGGAGAUAGUCGGAUUCCACUUCCUUCUCCACAAAUUGAGAAAAAAGUUAAUAUGGUACUCAAUCUCUCUAGAGCGUGUUUGAACUCCAAUCCAAAAGAAAGACCAACAAUGCACCAAGUUUCAAAUCUGUUGAUGAAGGCUUGAUGUUAGUGUACUUUGAAUGUUAUUUGCUUUUGUCUUGUUCCCUAUAUGCAUCCUGAUAAUAUGUAUUUAUAUGAAUGCCUUUUUGUUAUGAAACUUCUCAUAUGUUUUCUUAAAUCAUUAUGUAAUAGAUAAAAUAAAUAAAUAAAUAAACUUCUCA